AUGCCCAUUAAUUGUUCUAAAUGUUCUGUUGUUAAACGAUUUCAUAGAUCAGUUAAUUUUCUAUUCAUUGUACUAAAAUCACGUUCUAUUGUUACUGUACUAAUUGGUGCACAUAAAAAUACUUUAGCAGCUAAUGAUAAUUGUGGAUAUAUAUCUCUUGUCAUUCUAUUUUUAACUAAAUUAAUACAUUGCUGUCGUUGUGUUAAAAUUGUAGAUUUUUGCUGUUGUUUUGAUACAAAUAAAUAUUUGCGAAAUACUUUCCAUUCGGCUAGUAAGUCAUCAUUAAAAUCAUUAGGAUACUGCUAUCUGAUAAUAUUAAUCUCUUGUAUACCAUAUUCUUAUUCAUUAGUUACUUCAGAUACAUCAAAUAUACGAAAACAGUUGAGGAAUGUUAAUGCAUUUGAUUCAAAUCGAGCUUGCAUAUUUGAUAUAAUUUUAUCAAUAAAUUUGACUAUUUUAUCAUUGAAUAUUUGUUCUAAACUAAUUUCAUUUGUUCUUGUUGUUGCACGUAUUAUACGAUCACGAUUAAGAUCCAAUGCAGAUGGACUUUCUUCACAUCUUUCAUUAACUAUAUGUUCCAGUGUUAUCAUUAAUGAUUCACAACAACGAAUAACAGCAUUAAUAGAACGAGAAUAUGAUAACCAUCGUGUAUCACCAGGUUGA